AUGAGAUUUCCUGUUCCAAAGAGGUAUUUAAGUCACUUUUUCAAUCGAUGCUUUACUACUUUACCGGGAUCUUCACGUUCUCUUCUUCCUCAGUCUGCCAACAAUGAUCAUAUCAUAGAGGCUUUCUGUUGUCUUAUUAAGCCGUACAACCAAUUUGAGCAAGAUGAUUUGUUUUUGAGAUUGCGAUCAACAAGAUUGCCUCAAAAGCUACCACCAGCUCCACCUAAGGAACUGAAUAGUCAAACAAUUAAUGAUUACGUUCAAGCCAUUACUUCAUGUAGCUAUCAGUACUAUCCUCAGACUGAAGAGUAUAUUGAUAAGACAAUAAACCGAUUGGCCCAAACUAGUCUACUAAAUCUGAAAUCGUUCAAUGCCAUUACGUAUUAUUAUACGAGAAAGGUAGAUUUAAAGAGAUGCGGUGAGGUAAGAAGACUUAUGGUGGAGACUUCAGGUACAACUCCACAAAUCGAUAAUAUCAACAUGUUCAUCCAGCUUCACUUUAAAAAACAUAAUCACAGUAAGAGGUUAUCUCUUGUAUCCCAAGAACUUCAUGAUGCCAUGAUGAUGGAAAUAAAGCCUAAUGCUUCCACCUUCUAUAUCCUUUAUACUUUCCUGAAUGGGAUAUCCUCCAGGGAAUGCAUUUUGGAAAAGAUGAUUGCAAAUAGAAUAUCUUUGGAACCAAUCAACAAUAUAAUAGUCAAACACAAAUCCGAAAAUGGUGAGAACGUACCUCAGAUACUUCUGUUUCUUAAAGAACAUCACAUCGAUCAAGGCAAUCAAGUUGUCAACGCUAUUAUAGAGUGCUAUCUUGAAGAUUCCAAGCAGGAUUUCUUAUCGGCCUGGAAAUAUAUGGACGAAUGUACCGAAUUUAAGCCUAAUACGAAGACCAUCAAGGUAUUUGUGGAUUAUUUCAACAGAAGAAGACAACCUUACAUGAGUCUAUCGAUGAUCAGUUAUUUGGGGGAUGAGCACAACAUUGGUGACCGUUCAGCCUUUUAUAUCGUGAUGUGUGAGUAUUUGUUGGAUAAAAACUACAAGGAAUGGUGCGUUCUUGCCAAGUAUUUCUAUUACUUGGCUGGUGGCCGCCUGAGUAAAUAUUUGAAAGAGUGCUUACAGGUAAAAGGUAAGGAAUAUGAUGUUACAUUUGACGUUGAAGAUGCACUGAAAAGUGAAGAGUUGGAAAAGAUGGGAGAAAUCUCCAAAGGAUUGACUUGGCAAAAACCUAACGUUGUAUUGUCUGAAAAUGAUGACAGAUAUUUGGAGGUUGUGAAAAAGUACUUCUCCUCAUAG